GUUUGACAGUGCUGGACGAAAGCAUAUACAGUAAACUUUAUGCUGCACCGUCUUUUCGCACAGCCCACCAAGUACCAACCACCAGUUCUGGAAGAAGAAUGAGACUCCAAAGACGGCAUUUUUCCAGGCCUUAGGCGUCAUCAACCAUGCUAAUAAGGACACUAUUCAUUGGCUGCGUUCUUGAGGCUCUAUUGUUCAUUAUACAUCCUCUUGGGAGUAGUGCUGGGGCGACAAACUGCACGCUUUAUACGCAGCUAUCGAAAGCUUCAUUCCUGGUGAACGGGGAGACGCUCCUGGACAUUCCGUAUGGCUGCUCGCUGCUGGGCUCCUUAUCUCAGCCCCUUACUAUAUCCACAUCGUUGACGCUUCGCGGAAAUGCAUCCAACUAUGGUUCACUCGACGUUCAGUUUGCGGAGGAUGCCGUGCUCUUUACACCAGGUUCACUCCUUUCCAUUGAGAGUUUGGAUUUGCGUAAUGUGCGGAUUGAGUCUGCCCCCUUUCUCCAGCUUGCCGCUUUUAACGCAUCAAAGCAGCAGUUGCUGUCUGUGACAAUUACUACUGACUGCCUUACGCUUAGCAACAUAGCCAACGCAAGCAACGCAAGCAGUUUUGUACAUGGCCCUGGAUACGUGUACGUACAAAAAUAUACAUCCAGCAGUGUUAAUGCUUCUUCAGUGAACAUAACAUGCGAUCUGCCAACUAUUCAGCGCGGAGCGGAUGGGCAGGAGGGGGAAUUCGUCUCCGUUAUAGACAGCUUGCAAUUGCUGAAUGCCUUCGUCGCCAGCCAGCUGCCAGCCACGUCUGGAGGCAGCUCAGGCCAGCUAACCAUCAAAGCCUCCGCAAACAUAUCCUUGUCCGCAAGGAUAUGGAAACCUAAGGGGCUUGUAGUAAAGCGUGGCGUCACUCUGCUCGGCGACCCCACAACCCUUAACAUCUUUGACGUCCAGGGCCUGUCAUCCGUAAUUGUCCUGGACCCUGGCGUCACGCUCAACAUAGCAAACUUCUGCUUCGUCAACAUUGGACCCCUUCGGGGAACCCUCAGUGUGCUUGGCAUGCUGCCAGUUUUCUCGCUGCCGAUGUGGUUCGUCAGCUUUCGAAGGGUGCCGUCCUCACCGCAGCUGGUGUUGACGAAUGUAACUCUAGCGGUGCAACGGAGUGAGUACCAAUAUUACACGCUGUGGACGGUCGUGGUCACGACACAAGUUACACCGAUCUCGAUGGCGGCUGCCGUGCUGCGCUCGACGUCGCCUGUCAUCGAGCUCAUGAACAAAACCAGCAGCACCGGCGGCAUCAUGUUUUCCCACCUGCGGAGCUCGGGCAUCGACCUCUUCAACAGCACCCUCACGAACACGCCGCCCGCGGGGCCCUUUGACAUCAUUGUUCCAGACAAUCCCAACCUGCAGUUUAACCUAAACAUCCUCUCCAACAUGACCCAGCUAGCGAUCUAUGACCUGGACGACAUGCUUGCAAUCUUACAAGCCAUGCAGGAAACCCCUCCUCCCAUGGCAGUGGUACUGUUUGUCCUUAAGAAUAUCACUAUCGACCCCAGCCGGUGGCCAUCGAAUGGGUUUAACCUCACGCAGCCGAUCCUGCUGGUCGGGCAGCAGAACUUGGACAUCACCACGUGGAUUGACUUCCGGCGCAUUCCGCAUUUCGUGCGGGUUUUUGGAUGUGCACCGGAGAUGUACGUUUAUGUGCAGGGCCUUAUGCUGCUCAACCUACCAAAUGUGCUGGCGAAGCAAGUCGGAAGCAGCAGCGGCGGCGCAAGUGCCGCAGUUCAAUCUGCUGCUGCGACAACUGGGUUGGACGAUGUUUCGGUGUACCUCUCGAGUCCAAUCAGCAGCAACAUGACAUGCUACUUGCCCACCGUCUUCACAAACCAGAGCGUCGUCGCCAUUACCUACGCGGAAUUCCAGCACCUGCACGCGGCGGUGGUGAAGGGCCUGGGGACGUCUGUGAGCGGCAGCGACACAGUGCUGGGGUCCACAGUCGACUACAACCUGACAAGCGUGGUGAAGGACCGAGUCUCGUUCCUGAACCUCCGGGGUUGGGGCUGGAGCGGCUACAAGCUCGACGUCACCUACAAGUUUCCAGACGAGGUCCCCAUCCUCUACAACAACAGCUACUACAACCCCUCACCGCCCCCGCCUCAAACCUCCCUCUUCCCCCCGCCGCCCACAACCUCCUCCGGCGGCGGGGACGGUCUCAAAGGCUGGGCCAUCGCCGUCAUCGUGGUAGGCGCUUCCCUCUUGGUGGCCCUGGUUGCGGGCCUCAUUGCAUGGCGCAUCGUAACGCGGCUCCGGCAUGAGGUGGAGGCGGUCAAGAGCGGCUCCUCUGACAAGAAAUCCAGUAGCGCCUCUGGAGACCAGGAAGCCGCGGUGGUUGCGCACGGCCACCAUGCAACCGGCGGGGCUGCGCUCGGCAGCAGCGGCGGCGUGGGUGCAAGCUGCAGGACGGGUGCGGAAGGCGGGAGUGGCGCGGGCGGCGGCGACCCGGCGUCGCCAGUUAAUGCCAAGAGCUGCCAGGGAGGAGGAGCCAGCGGAGGUGGAGGUGGCGGUACAGGCGGGGGUGAAGGCACCAGCGACGAUUCGGCGGCGGCUCAGUCGGAUAAGCCGCCGCUGGAGGUGCUUAAUAACAUGAUGGCGGCGUUGACGCAGGAGAUGGAUGACCAGCACCUCACCAUCCUGGAGGUCAUUGGACAGGGCGGCUUUGGCGUGGUGUAUAAAGGCUUGUGGAAGGGGCUGAACGUGGCCGUCAAGACCAUUACGUUCCAGGAUCGGGUUGCUGGAGGCGAGAAGGGGCAGCAGAGAGCCAUUCUGGAAGCAGCCAUCUCGUCGUCCCUAGCUCACCCCAACGUGGUGACGACCUACUCGUACGACAUCAAGCCGCUCACGGUACGAACGGACUGCAGCGGGGAGAGCCCCAGGAGCGGUCCCGGCGGUGUCGGCACCGGCAUUGGCGGCCUGCCCAGCAGCAGCAUCAAGAUCAUUGACAAGCGGCCGGUGCUCGAUUGGAAGCUCUACCUUGUACAGGAGUACUGCGACGGGGGGUCCUUACGGACUGCCAUCCUCAAGCGCAAGUUCUUUGACGCGAAGAGGGGCGAGGCGCGCAUUGAGAUGAUCCUCGACACUGCUCUAGAGCUGACCGGCGGUCUGGUGCACCUGCACGAGCGCAACAUCAUCCACGGGGACCUGAACCCGAACAACGUGCUGCUUAAACGAGAUCCGACUAAGAAGUACGGAGCCACGUGCAAGCUUGCAGAUUUCGGGCUGAGUAUCAAGAUGGCGGCGGACCAGAGCCACAUUAGCAACAUGCGGCGAGGCACGCCGUUCUACACGUGCCCGCAGAUCCUGGCGAAGGGAAACAUGACUAAGGCGGCCGACGUGUACUCGAUGGGAGUCAUGAUGUGGGAGAUGUUCCACUGCUGCAUGUCCUACCGCUCGCUGCCCAGCGGCUUUGUCGCGCGCGAGAACUUCCCCAACUUUUCUCGCAAGGCGCCGCACGAGUUCGCACGCCUGGUGGGCGCCUGCCUAGACUCCGAGCCGGCACAGCGACCCACCUUUGUGCAGCUGCGAGACGCGUUAGCGGCGCAACUCGCUGCGUUCAAGCGUGGGGAGUUGCGGUCAGGAGAGGAGGUGCUGGGCCCGGACCUGGCAGGGGAUGCAGCUCACAUGGCGGCAUGCCAGGAUUAGCAAAGUAGCGGCGGCAGCGGCGACAGAGGCGGAAGCGGCAGCAGCAGCUGAGGAAGGCGAGCGAAACGUAAGGGGGCAGACGGUUUACUCCUGUUCGGCUGUCUUUUGUUGUGAUAUGGCUUCCGUGCCUUGCUUGUCAGUGCGCGAUGUGCUCUGCGCUGCAGCGCUUUCCGCAUUGGUGUGCCGCGGGCCGCCAGCAUGCUGACUGUUGAGGCGUCGCGAUUGUGUUAAUGCCACAACAUGCAGUGGGCUGCUGUGCCUUCUGCGCUCACGGGACAGGGAGGGGGCUACACGUUUUGGUCAGGCACACAAAUAGUUGGCAGUUGGAUGGUUGGCACGAGGGGGUUGGGGGUGGGGGCAGGAAAGCUCGACCGCAUCACGCAUCGCACGCAUCCCUUCACUUGGAGGGAAGGAGGUAGGUUGGCAUACGUUACGACAGCUGGUGGCACAUGGGACGCUUUCCAUGUCGUGUCAGGCUUGCAUGGGGAGGCAUGUAUGCAUCGUCGCAUACGGCGAUUCUGAAGCUUGCGGGAGCAUACCUGUGCAUGCGGGGGUUGGGUUGGUGGUGGUGGUGGCAUGGCACCCUUGUCCCCAUGCUGCUCCGCAUCCCGGUGCGGUAUCUGGGAUGCGAUUGGACCUGGGAUGAGCGUCCAUGCUUCAUUGGGCAGGAAGGAGGAGGUUUGAAAGGAAUAAACGAGCAUACCUUCCUGGGGUGUUUGCACCCGAACGAACGAUGGAAAUCCCCGGUCUCGGCAUUUUCCUGCUCCCCAGCUUCCUCUCUCUUUUCCUUGGGCAGUGUUCCCCGCGCUUUACGUUUGGCGCGCCUGUGUGGUCGGGAUGCGCUUGCUUGCGUCCAUGUGCGGUUGGAGGCAUAAGCUUAUAAGCAGUGGUCAAGAUUAUGUUAUUUGGUUAGCCAGCUCCUGGUAAAUCAGCGUGGUGUGGUAUGGUACGACAUGGCAUGGACGCGAUACACGAUAUUGCGGUCCGCAGUUCAAUUCGACUUUUUCCCGGAUGGCCAGGCUGUGAGAAACCCGUGAGGUAGCGAGGCGUGCCACACAAAGGCAUGCCUCUAUAAGCUAGUACAUGGCAUAUUACUACGCGCUAUUUACUAUACGACGCGCUAUGGUGACGAUGCUGCUUAGCGUUCGGGUUUAAGGAAAUGUAUGUCAGCGACAAGUCGCAGUGUCUUAUGGCUCGUUGUUCAUGGUUCGUCGCUUGAACCAUGUAUGUUAUCUACUGACGAGGAUGGUUUGGAACGUGAAAGGCCCGUGGUGAGAACGAAAAGCUGUAGAAGCUGUAGCGUCGUCUGCAGCUGUCAUGCUUGGCUGUUUGUAUGCUGUUGCGGGCGUUCCGGGGGCCCUUCUUAAGCAAGGAAUGGUGCUUGCAUGUGCUGUCCCAGGAGCGUCACGAAGCAUGCGCCGUAAAGCGUUGCUGGGCGGUAGCCUACUACGUCCAUGGACGCGACCACUGCAUGCGUGGGGCUGGGGAAGUAGUUACGAGUAACUUGUGCGUUUACGGUUGGAGCCGGGCUGAGGUCCCUUGGCCGGGUGUAGCCAAGCUCGGUCGAUGUUUCCUACUACGGUGUGGGCUGUGAGCCGCUAGUGUACGACAUGAACUCAACACAUGCGAAGGGCCGAGGCCGUUGAUGAUCCGGAAGCAGGCGUGGGAAGGUGCAGAGUGUUCGUAGCGUAUUUGGUGGCUGGGUAUCUGCCGUGGUUGGGUGGAGAAUGGAUGGAUGGUAGGAUGGGUGGGGACCGGAAGGUGGUUAAAUUGUGGUGGUCUGCAGCGUCUCUGCUCUGCCAGUCUUGUAGUAGCCUUGCAGUAAUGGUACGGCAUGAAAGAUUUCGUCCUCCCAAGUGGAUAUCUUGGUGCCAUUCUUGAAGUAUACAUGGUACGAUACAGCGCGGUACGGCACGGCAAGCGUAACACGGACGCAUUGCGGCAACCACUUUGUUAGAGACCAGUUUAUGGGAGAUGACGACGCCUUUAUUGCCAUCGCCUGUUAAGGCAAGGCGACACGGGUGUGCUUGCCCUUGUGGCUCCUGCCUUAAGAAGCUAAGGAGCAACACUUUGGGCGGUGUGGUGUUGGUUUCUGUGGAAUGCCGUACAGUGGUGCGCUUACGAGUUCUUGAAGUCUUAUUGUUGCCUGCCCUGUGCUGGUAUGGUAGGGUGAGGGGUGCUCCGCUAGCAGAGGACGAUAAUGGGAUUCGGGUUGAUUGUGAAGCUGAGAUGGCUAGUGGCUGGCGCGUGUGGGUUUCGUGAGGUGAGAAAUGGGAACUUGCCCACCGCGCUACCAGAUGUUAGGGGCGGCGUCGGUAAUGGCGGGAGGCUGCGAACAAACCGAACUUAACGUGGACUUUAUCUACGCAUGGAUUUGGAUGCAUGAGGGUCGGAGGGCGGGGCACUCAGCUGUCAGGGCCCCUCGUGUGCUCGCAAACGGU